AUGCAAACGAUCAAUCAUAUUGUAUAUGAUGAUAAUUUAUAUCGAAGUGGAACUUAUUUGGCAUCCUUACUGUACGAAACGAGCGGUGUAGCUUUAGCAAUAGCUUUGCCAAAUGCUAAUAUCAUGUCGUUCAUUAACCCUUUUACUCAAAUUGCAGAGUGCCGGGAUCAUGUUGAAAAUAACCCCAGGAAAAUAAUUACACUGUUUGCUUGGAAUGAGAACAUGCAAAGGUGGUUAAGCGGUGUCGAAAGUAUAUCAGGAAAUCUGAAAGUAAUCAAAAUAUUUUGUGGUCUACUUGAGCAAGGCUAUGUUAAUUCGUGGAUAAAACGAUACAAGAAGCAAUGGAAGAAUGUUGAAUUUGACAUAAUCUCGUAUGAUGAACUCAACUAUGCUUUGAUGGUAUUUGGUGUGGAUCAUUUAAAAAGGCUCUAUCCGGAUUUUCCACGUGGUUCACCAGAAUAUCAGCAAUUACAUUUAAACUACAAACGAGUUUGUCGCGCGUUAGCAAAUUACUUCUGGGACGAAGCGAAUAGGGAAUAA